AUGACAACCAGAUUGAAGCCAUCAGAAAUCUUUUACAGUCAAAAUUCCAUAAAAGAAACCUUCCAGGAUGGGGAGUCGAUAUACACAACUGUCUCCAGGUGCCAAAUACACCAAUCCGUAAUCGACAAUAUUCCUUCGAUGCGAGUCUGCCAGAGAGAUGGUAAAUGGUUUACCUUAGAUAAUCGCAGACUCUGGGUAUUUCGGAAACUAGAAGCUUCAGGUCACGUGACUGACGUAGAGGUCAUAGUGGUGAGCAGUACUCAGAUGUCGGAGGAUAAAUUCACAACCAAAAAUGGAGGUGUAAGUGUGAGGGUCCGAGAACCGGUUUCCGAAUCUGAUGAUGACGAUUUCUAUUACGAUGAGGUCAAAAUUGUGAGCAGUAUUUUACUGACUGAGGAGAAAUUCACAACCGAAAAUGGUGGUGAGAGUAUAAAGAUCCGAGGACUAGCUUAUUGCUAUGAUGAUGAUGACGACUACGACAGUGAUGAAGAUUCAAAUGACACAAGUGAUGACGAAGAUUCGAUUGAUAAAAGUAAUUAUGGAUAUGCAACCGACAAUAGUUAUGAUGACGAUGCCAUUGACAGUAGUUAUGAUGAAGAUUCAAAUGACAAUAGUGAAGAUGAAGAUUUAAAUGACAAUAGUGAUGAUGAAGAAUCAAAUGGAAAUAGUGAUGAUAAUUAUGCAAUCGAGAAUAGUUUUGAUGACGAUGCCAUUGACAAUAGUUAUGAUGACGAUGCUAUUGACAAUAGUUAUGAUGACGAUGCUAUUGACAAUAGUUAUGAUGACGAUGUCAUUGACAAUAGUGAUGAUGAAGAAUCAAACGGCAAUAGUGAUGAUGAAGAUUCGAUUGAUAAAAGUAAUUAUGGAUAUGCAACCGACAAUAGUUAUGAUGACGAUGCCAUUGACAAUAGGUAUGAUGACGAUGCCAGUGACAAUAGUUAUGAUGAAGAUACCAUUGGCAAUAGUUAUGAUGAAGAAUCAAAUGACAAUAGUCAUGAUGAAAAAUCAAUCGAUAAAAGGUAUGAUGAAUAUGCAAACAACAUAAGUUAUGAUGACGAUGCCAUUAACAAUAGUUAUGAUGAAGAAUCAUAUGACAAUAGUGAUGAUAAAGAUAUGAUUGACAGAUGUAAUGAUGAAGACUCAAUUGAAAAAAGUAAUGAUGAAGACUCAAUUGAAAAAAGUAGUGAUGAUGAUACAAUUGAAAAUAGUAAUGGUGACGAUGCAAUUGACAAUAAUUAUGCAGGAUUAAUCAAUAAUAGUGUUGUUGAAAAUGCAAUCGGAAAUAGGGAUGAUGAAAAUGUGUUACAAGAAGUACCCAGUAAUUAUUCCCUGUUGACGGAUUACACCCGCCGUGAGCCCUAUGACGGAUCAUCCCAUAAUCUAAUUUAG